AUGGCCAAGCCCACCUCCAAGAAGCCCGCCAAGAAGACCGUCGCCAAGGGCGGCUCCAAGGCCAAGAAGUCCAAGACCGAGACCUACAAGAUCUACAUCUACAAGGUUCUCAAGCAGGUCCACCCCGACACCGGCAUCUCCUCCAAGGCCAUGUCCAUCAUGAACUCCUUCAUCAACGACAUCUUCGAGAAGAUCGCCACCGAGGCUUCCAAGCUCGCCCGCUACAACAAGAAGCCCACCGUCACCUCCAGGGAGAUCCAGACCGCUGUGCGCCUCAUCCUCCCCGGUGAGCUCGCCAAGCACGCCGUCUCCGAGGGCACCAAGGCCGUGACCAAGUUCACCUCCAACUAA